UUUCAUUUUUCAUUCCUCCUCGAAUUUAGUAAAGUGCUGAGCAGCAGAGAAAUUAUUAUUUUACGGAGUGGUUUAAAAGUUUACAUUUUUUUUUUUAAAAAUGAAACCCAUUAUGAAAUUAAUCCUGGGCGUUUUCGGAGCCUGGUUGGUGGUCGGAAUUUUUGUGGUGUUUUUUCUUUGGGUUACAAAUCAUGGAAGUCGGGAUGAAACAGGAAAGUCUGUUCUGGACGAAAUUUCAUACCGGGAGUGGGAAGAAGAUUUCAUGCGUGGGUUAACGAAGGUGAAAAUGUACGAUGGGAAUUUUAAUGUGAUUCAGGUUGCCCUUGUUCCUGGGGUGUGCUGGGGGUAUGAAGGGUUCAGUGUGGCCGGAGAGGUCACGAUAAGUCUCUUAUCACCCUUCAUCCUGACCGGAUUCACAGUUCAAGUAGGGAAAAAAGUGGUGAAUUUACCGGAUUUUGGAGGGGGAUUAAGCUACCAGGGUCAACAGGGUGACGAGGCGUCGUUCAAAUUUCAAGUCUUGGGACAAAACGUGGCUGACGCGGCGGACGGCGUCCAUGAUUAUGGGACGUACGAGUAUGAAGAUGAUGUCGAUGAGGAUAUGCAGUACUUCAAAGUUAUGAAUUUCACGACGACGCAAUAUCCCGUCAUUAAAGUGAAAAUUUUACACGAGGAAAUUAUGGAUUUUUUCGAGUCGAAUAAUAAUCCAAUUAUGGAAUACAACAUUGAUUUUUUGUUACAAAUUUAGCAUUUAUUUAUUUACAUUUCAAAAAUUAUGUAAGACAUUUUUUUUGAUUUUUUUCGAUUCGAAUAAAUAUAAAAUUUUGAUCCCCAUUUUU